GGAGCACGUCAGGAAAGCACACGCUAAGUUGCUGGGAGUUUAAGCGGCGCUUGCAAGAACGUAGAAUUGGAGUACCGGGACAGGGGGCUGCACUGCUUUAUUGCACUUUCUCUCUCUUUUUCUACCUCUCUCUCUCUCUCUCUCUCUCUCUCUCUCUCUCCUCGAGUGCUGGGUCUAAACGUGCAGUGGCAGAUAUGAACCUCACACUUAUCCAGACAUCACAAGCAUGUAGAACUCCAAGAUGAUGACAGCUGAGCAUUCAGUCAUGGAAGAAAUGAAGAGAUAAGAGAGAGGAAAAUAAUCCUGAGCUUCGAGCUUCUGUUACCAGAGGCCUAUUGAUUCAGAUUGGAACAUGACAUGUCCAUGUCACAGCCUGUGCAGAUAAGGAACAGCACGCUGAAAUAGCCACAUUGGCAUCAUGACUGAAGAGACUAAACAGUUCUUGGCUGCCAAAGAGUCGGAUAUUGAGUCCAAACCGCAGGAUAAGAGGGCUGUGGAGCACAAAAGUUUGAAAGAGUCCCCUGAGCACUUUCAAAAUGUGAGUUUGGAGCAACAGGCUUUGAACAAUCUUGCAAAGUUUGGAGAAAAAGAUAGGGACAGCACGCAGCAACGUGAGGCCGUUAUUCGGCCACAGCAGGCAGGAAAAAUUGAUUUUAAGUCACUGCAAAAUAAUUUGUUUAGUAGCAACAGAACAUGGCCUAGUGGUAAGGACAGCCCUCAGUCACCCAUUGGCAAAGGUCGGAACAGAGACAAAAGUAGAAAGUCGGGGAAAGGAGAGCGUGGCAACCCGCAGCAGUUGUACAGACUGAGUAUUAAAAACCCACGCUCAAAUCCGACAAUUGGAAUAGCCUAUCCACAGCAAAAAGUGUCACCUCCAAAGAAGCUUGAGUCCAGCAGGGGACCUGUCUCAGGCAGCUACCGGUUCCAUGUGCCAAGUAUUCCAGAGCGUGAGGCUGAGCUGCAACAGGAGGAGCUAAACUACAAUCGAUGCUUCCAGGAGGGCUCCCCCAACCUAUCUUCUCAAAGCUAUACCUCACAGGCUGUUGGCUCCACACCUGGAGGGCCUUCUCUCCAGAAUCAACCUACCACCCCACAACAGCAGCAACAGAAGUCCAGCACAAUCGAGAGCAACAGCACAAAACCUGGCAAUGAAAAUGUAUUCCCUGACUUUCAACUGAGUGAAACGGACACUUGGCAGUCUCCAGAUAGGACAUUUAGAAGCGCUAAUUUUAGUGUUACUUCUCAAAAGCCAAACAACCUUGUGGACUUGAACAAGGCCAAUGGUAGUUUUAUAUCUUUGCCAUUUCAGUAUGGAUACCCAUUGUUAGAGGAGUCAGCUCCAGAUCCCUUUCCCUGUGAUCAGAAUACCCAGUCCAAUGACUAUAUUGAUAUUUCUAAUCAGGUUUCACAUAAUUCCUUUUCCUUUCAGUCCUCUGGGGAGGGACAUGAGGUCAUGCAAACUAGCACACAGUUUGGUAGUGACCAAGCAGAGGACAGACAGUCAUACCAGUUACACCAUAAUCCUCCCCAGUACAUGCAGACUCCACAUGGUGUGCCACCUUCUGUCCCCACAAAUGAUGAGAGCUCGGUAUUAAGCACUCACCAAUCAGAUCAGAGUAAAAGUGUUCCAGAUAAAUCGGAUUCUUUUAGCCCAAUAGACAGCCGGGACACAGGCCUUGCAGUAUUGGGCAAAAGAGGCUGCCAUCAUAAAAAUGGCACCUCCAGCCAGAGAGUUCUUAUUCAAGGCAGUGUACAUCAUAUUAGGAAUAUUGCACAAGGCUCAAGUUCCCAGAUACCUGUAAUUAGUUCUCCACAUAAUGGUAUUCACGUUGGGCCAGUGCCUGUUGACAAAAGUGUCUGUAAACACCACAGCAGAGUAUCAAACCCAUGGGAAGGACCAAACAAAGCCUUUUCACCACCACUUAUAGACCCGAAUCCUACAUCUUACCCCUUUCAGUACCAGCCUGCACCAGAACAAAGACAAAACACUGGCAUUAAUGCACGUAUGCCUUGGCAGCAGACACGCUUCACAACUGCCUUGCCAAACCAUAACAGGAUUGAUCUUUCCAGACAACUGAGCAAUCAGCAGCUCUCUUUUUUGGUAGGCCAGUCAGACUGGCAAGAUGAUAGUAAGCCACACAAAACUAGCAACCAAAAAUGUUCUAACAACUUUCUCAGCAAAAAGACAAAUGAGGACUUCUCAAAUCAAAGGCAAGACAGUGUCAAGCAAGGUGGCAAUACAAUUCCACCCUGUCAUUUCACAAAUAAGGUGGACACAAAUCAAGGCCAAGUGGAUGAUGCCAAGAGUAAGUCAUUAUACUUUGGCAUGAACCACUCAGUGCCUGUGACAUCAUCAAGAAACUGUACCUACCCUCAAUUACAUGUAGCACCCAUAGGGCUAAGGAUGGUGUCUCCAUAUGAAUCUCCUUCACAUUCACCCACUCAAAAUCCAGCCUCUAGCCGCACAUGCUCUUCACUUUCACCAGCUUCCACAAACUCUGUAAAUAGUAACUCUGAUGACAGCCAAAUUUCAAAGGUUCUGUCCCCUCAGUUGUAUCACCAGCAACAGGAUAAAGUACUGAUUUCAUCCAAUAACCUCAACACUAACCAGCAUCAUUACCAUUCCGACACAUCCAGAGGCUUGUACUACAAACAAGACAGAGCCAAAGAGAACAUUUUACAUUUCAUACCAAAUAACAGGCAGUCAAAGCCCACCAUGGACAAUGGGAAAGGUUGUUUAGACACCUACAGAACAGAGCACCAUCCUCCACCUCCAUACUCCUCCCACCCACUACUCGCCACAUCAUUAGCCACAGCAAACCUUGACCAACUGGAUGUGCUUCUGACAUGCAAGCAAUGUGAUCAAAAUUUUAACAAUCUUGCCUCUUUUCUUGACCAUAAGCAGUACUGUGGACAGCAUACAUUUGCACAAAAUGACUUAAAAGACAUGCCAAAAGUGGAGGAUGCAAGGAAAUAUCAGACAGACCACACAAAAGCCAUGUCAUCAGGAUCCAGUUAUGCAAUUUUAAGGAGCUCUUCAGACUUGCAUCUGUCUCUGCUUGGACUUAACAAAAAUGGGGAGAUAUUGCCAGAUAAUGAAACUAGAGGAGAUAUAAAAGAUGAUCCAAUGAAACUGAUGCUACCAUCUGCACCCUUGCCUGACUUAGAGAUGGAAGAUCCCAAACUGGAUAGCCUUAUCACAGAGGCUUUAAAUGGACUAUGUUAUCAGUCAGACAAUGCAGAGAUUGAUAGCAGCUUUAUUGAUGCAUUUGUUGAUGAUGAUCUUACCACUACUAAAUGCACAUCAACAAGACAGACUCUGACAAAUAAAGACUCAACAGUGUUCGAAGGAAGAAUUAACAAUGAGCCAACAUCCAGUGAAAGACCUCAAGCACAUAGAAAAUAUCCAUUUGAUUCAGAUUUAGACAGCCUUUGUUCUGACAGGAAACACACAGAAAACCCUUUCAAAGUAAAUCAAUUUGAGUCAAUGCAAAAUGAAGGUCUUAAAAUGGAAACCUUAACAACAGAUUCAAAUUCACAAGAGUCCAGCAAACAAUUUGAGUGGGGAACAAAAUCAGAAAAAGUAGACCAGGAAAAUUAUGAUUCUAAGUUUCUAUUAUCAAGUAAAUUUUCUGCAAGAUCUGGGCUUAAAAGCUUUCAAAGCAGUACAGCAUUAGUUAAAACAUGUCCUAGAUCCACCUCUGCCACCAAAAGUCCUACAGCUCAGAAACCAAUAGCAACAGAGGGAAAAAGAAAAAAGACCAUUGGGGGAAGCUGGAGCAAAGAGCUUAUUCACAAAAUUGUUCAACAAAAGAACAAGUUGCACAAACUGCAUGUAAAAGGCACAAAAAACAUGCAGUUUUCACUUGUGAUGGAAAGAGUGACUCCCGCAGUGCAGAACCCUACUUUCAGGGAGUAUGACUAUGUUUCAGACUCAGAUGAGGACUGUGAGCCUGUGAAGAUAGCCAGUCAGGGGCGCCUCAGUCAGAGCAUUCGCUGCAAGUACACUUACACUAAAGAAUGCAAGGGGAGGAUUCAUGCUGACAAGAGCCGGGAAAGUUCAUGGAAACAAAACAAAAAUGAAUGCUUUGAAGCCAAGAACGUUUUGGAUGCCUCUCCAUCAUUGAUAAAAGAAACUCCUGGUCACCAGAGGCUGCGAAGACGGAGCAGUAGGUCUUCCACGAGCAGUGAAUUAAGCACAUCUAUAAGUAUCUGUAGCGAUAGCAUUAACAGCCCCAAAAGUACUGAUCAUACAGAUUCUGAAUCUGAGAAAAGAUUGGAAGUUCAAGGGAAAGAUGAGGACUCCCUUGAGCAAAAUGGGUACGAGGACUCUCCGCCAAGUAUACGGAAAGAGUCAAGCACAUCACUGGCUUUGACCUUCACAAAAAAUACAAAAAGGUACAGCACUGAUAAGAUAUUACUCUCUGAACACAAGGAUAGGUUCACUACUUCAAAAUGCUCAAGCAUUAUCUGUAAAACUGAAGAGACCGCAUCUGAGCAUACAAUGACCAAAAGCACUGUCAGCCUUGCAAGAUAUAAAACCACCCUUCUAGAAAUAGAAGAAAAAGGGGACCACUAUGGUUUUGAGACAGGAAUUCUUGCAACCACCGAACAGCCAUUCAAAAAAGAUUAUCCAAAUAAUAUCACAUCUCCCAGAGGGUCUGACAUAGUACUGAAUCCAAUGGAAACCACCAACAAUAGGGAAUCUAUCCAUGCUUUUAAACAAAAAAAAGAUGUUACAUCAAAGGGUAAAUCCCACAAAAAGAGAAAAAACAGUUCUGAAUCCUCAGCGUCCAUUUUGGAGACAAGCAGCAAUGACAAUCCAUCCAGUGAAGAAUCAAAGAAAAGCUUGAGUGGUCUAUACUCUGAUCCCCCAACUCUUUGCAGUUCACUCAUGGACAAAGUGUGUUUAUUACCUUCAAAAAUGCACAAUACUUCUGCACAGAAGGAUAGUCAAUGUCUUAUGCCUUACACUUCAGAACAUGAUCAGAGUCUAAUAAAGUCACCCCUUUCUUUUGACACAACGUCAAUGUUUGGUGACCUUUCUGUGGGAGUUUUUGAGAACAAUCUUUAUCCAGAGAUUCAGCUUGCCAAAGAGAGCUUUAGUCCUUUGGAAACCACUACAGAUAAGAAGGAACUGUUUGAAUCAUCAUUCUCACCAUUCUUUGAGCAAAGAGACUGGAAUCGGAUGGUUGACGUUACUCCAGAGCUUCCAGAAGAGAUUUCUCAGUACAAAGAGGACUCUGACUCCAAUGAGAAUGAGACCAAUUCUAGCCAUGUACCCUUCUCUUUGCCUGAAAGAUUAAUGGACUACAAUCCAAAUCUCAACAACAGCAUGUCAGUAGAUGAUCUGGAAAUAAAAAGGAUUGUUACAGAGCUUGAGAGUCAGCUCCAAACAGCUAAGCUAAGCAGCCCUCCGCCAUUAGACAGUGAGUUACCAAAACAGCUGACCAUGAGUAAAUUUUCUCCACUGAGACUUGACCCUGAAAGUGAAGAUGAAGACAAUGGCUUGGAGAUGAACUGUCCCUCAGAAAACAUACCGAUUGCUCCAUCAGUAGACUCGCAUGCACCAAUGUUCCCAGAAUCAGACUUAUCAUGGUCUAGCCCCCUCCAGUUUGGGUUGAUGUGUGUUCAACAAGGUCUUCAUACUCCGACACAUUCCUCUACUAUUAACACACCAACUGAAUCAGGACAUGACCAUUUGGAUUUAAAGGACAACAUGGGGCUGACUGAUCUGAACACAGCAAACUGUCUACCUUUGCAUGUAGAGGACAAAAAUGAGAGGAGCGAGUUCUUGGAUAUUGCCACCACCAGCAAGUCAGAAGAGAUGCUUGAACAUGAAAUGUACACAGAAAAUCUGAUAAAAAGCCUGGAAGUGAUCUCAGAUUCAUUAUCUUCAGGGUUCACAUCACCUCAAUCAUCACCUAAUCAAGAGUGCGGGGUUCUCGAGGAGCAUGAAAAAUCAGACAAUGAAAAAUCAGAAAACAGUGAUAAGUCUAAAAACAUUGAAUUUAAAAACUCAGAAGCAGAGCUGACAAAUUUUUCUAUGGAGACAAACAUGUUAUCAGAUCAACUACAAGAGUCAUCAACCAGUGGCAUUGUCAGGUCAAAAACUGACAAUGGAGCCAAAGCCAGCCUCACGGAGUGUAGUAAUGUCACUCUUCACAAUGGCGACUUAGUAGUUAAAGAACAUCAGCUUACUGAGAGCUCCUUUGAUAUUCCUCAAAUUAAAUGCUGUGUGGAAUCCAAGGAAAUAGACUCACAGACAUCUGUAGUCUGCACUGAUGGACAACAUUGUAAGUCUUCUGUCAUUCAAGCUGAUAAUACUGAGACCGAAAUACUGUUGGGUGUAAAAGACGUAAAAGACUUGAGUCAAGACUAUAAAAUAUCCCACCUCUCAACAUCCACAGCCACACUAAAAGAUGAAAAAACUAUGUGCGUAAAAGAAGAGAGGCAAAAAUUUGAUGGUGAGGAGUCAGUUCUAAUUGUGGUACCAGAAACCAUUUAUAAAAAGAAUGGGCAUUCCUGUAAUAAAAUAAUGGGAACAACAGACAAUCGCUCUGAUACAGACAUCCAGCCACAGCUUUCAAACAUCAAGUCUCCUUGCAGUGAGGACCAUUUGUUGACCCCUCCACAACAUAGCAGGACUUGUGAAAUUAAUACACAAGUGGCUUCUCCUAAACAUCUCCCUGUGGGUCAAGAUGACCAUGAAUUUACAGACAGCGUGAAAAGAGCCACACCUGAAAUGACAUUGUUUCCUGCACCAGAAUGUGAAGAGAAUCAACAAAAUAACAUUGAUCAGAUUCCUGAACAACAAACUGUGAAUCAUCCCCCACAGUUUUCUCACAACUCUAUUCAAAGCCCUUCUGAGCUGAGCGGUAACAGUCCAGUACCAGAUGGCUUGAAUGAUUUUUACACAGUUAGCCCUGCACUCAGGAAAACCAGACCAGCGCUGGAAGACAAAAACUCUGAGGACAUAAAUAUUGGCAGGUCAUUAGAAACUUUUGAUUCAGCAGCAACAGGAAUAGAUAAUUCAUUUAUUCCCCAUCUGAAUUUAGUAGAAAUCACAGAGAGUAAAAUGUAUAGCCCUGUGACACAGUUGCCUGUGGACAGCACCUCAAACCAAUCUUUUGGUUAUACUUCUGAGUAUCCUGAGGUUCUGGAUGUCUCUCAACAUAAAGGUUCACUGUAUGAUUUGAAACUAAGCCCUAUGCAUUACAGUGAAACAUGUUUCAGGGACUACAACUUCACCUCUAAAUGUUUAAACAAAGGAGAUGCCCAAUCUGAAAUAAAAUCACGCUCCACAGACAAUUACAUUCUCAGUUCUUGUGCUCAUUCUCUUGAUAAACCAUUGCCAUCCAACACACAGCAUAAUGCAAAUAGACAUGAGCCAGAUAUUCAGGGUCAUGUGAUUGGACUUAAUAUACCAGAAACCUCCAGAAAUGACAAUACUGACCAAACUGAUAUUAAAUAUUCAUUUGUCUCAGCUACAUGCAGUAAUUAUGCUAAUGACGUCAUUCCAGUUGACUCUGAACUCAAAAAACUUCUCCAAAAUGAUAUGAAUGGUGGUCAUGUUCCACUUGAAACAGUUGAUUACAUGGAUACUCCCCUCAACCUUCUGAAGAGAGCUGAUUCUGAGAUGCUGGAUAAUCAGAUCAUUACCAAUAAGAAUGAUGCACUGUUGCAGAGGUCCACUAUGUCAGAUAUUAAGGAAACACCUAAACCUUUGAUAGAUCUUACGUGUCCACCUGUCCAAGAUGAAGGACGGUGUUCAAAGCCAAGUGAGACAAAAACCUCACCAAGAAAGGGUGGAACACUGAAUGCCGUUCAAAUAAAAUUUCAGUGUGAAAUAUGUGCAAUGUUCUUUCGUACUCUGCCUGGACUUAAAAGACACACAGCCAUGAAGCAUGUAGUAAAGAUGGAAGGGAUUUCCAUUGAAAAUGGAACUUACCCAGUUGAAAAAGCUCUGAAAGAUGGCAUGGAUGAUAUGGUUCCAGCAGUUCUUUUGCAUGCAAACAGAAGUAAAAUCCAAGUUGGACAAAAACAUCAGGCAGAUCCACCUCUGAUUUUUGAAGAAAUUGCAAGCAAUGUGGACGUGACAAAGAUCCCAGAAUGUCUUGUUAUGGAUCAGGCAACAACUGUAAGGGAAAAAGCUAAUAAAAUCAGCAAAGUAAGGAAUAACAAUAGCAUGGAAAUCAGCAGUGAAAUGUCUGCUCCAAAAUUGGUAAAGAAAGACUCUUUUUCAAAUGAAAUGCUCAACAUACUUAAAAAUGAUAUAUUGCAAGCUAUCUCUCAGGAUGUCCCCUCAAUUGUGCAUGAAAACUGUCCUAGGUCACCUGAAAAUCAGGGCCCAAAUAGCAGCCAUGACUAUCAGAAUGUCACUGCGAGAGAAGAGCAUACGAGCAUUGGAACUGUCAGCACCAAAGAGCAAAAGGAAGAAACUUUUACAGAACAGUCCAAAAUGUAUAAGAAAGAAGUUACAUGUGAUGAUGAUAUUGUGAAAAAGUACUGUGAUAUUCAACCGAAAUAUGUUCACACAGAAGAUAUCCAAUAUCCACUUGUGGAUUCCAUCCUGGAUAUCAAGCAUGAGAGCACUUGUUCUCUCACAGAAGACAGCCACGCACUUACAGGUACUCCAGGACUAGGACGUAAUCUGAAGGCUUUAUUUGAUGACGAAAGCACUUUUUCUCAGUUAUUUCCAAGAAAUGAUGACAGGAAAAGGAAAAAAUGUACACGGGUCUAUGGUAAAAGCAACAAAAAGCAAAAACAACUAUCCUGUUUAGUUCUAGACCAUCCUCCCAUUAGUGACUUUAUUGAUAAAUGUGAGGAGUCUAAAGAAAACAAAAUGGGCCAAAUGUUUACCAAUGACAAAAAUGACCAUUGCAAAUAUGAAACCAUAUCAAUUGAUGAUGCUAACUUGCAAGAGAUGAGUCACAAAAGCUCAGUCAAGAGCUCCAUAGAGAACACUUGUCACUUAAAAGAUGGCCUAAUGGAUCAUCAGGCUGGAUAUGAGGACAAUGCAUUAACUUGCAUUACUUAUGACACAAUUAGGCAACCCUUGGUCCAUCAGGAUGAAUCAGAAGGCACAGUCACAGAGAACACAGUGUCAACAGUUCCUCAGGAAGAUUGCAAACCAGAGGUUCCUGCUCAAACUUGCCCACUCCAACUGGUCUGUGUCCAAGAAAAUGCCUCUUCUAGCAUUGAGAUACCAAGCCUUGAUACUUCAAUUCAGCUUCCUGUACCAUUUUCUGAGCCUGGGAAGGAUAUACCAUUGGUUGAGACCAUUGCAAGCCCUGAACUGAAAGAUCCUUUAAGAUCUUGCAAAAAACCUACAGAGCGGAAGUGCAGAAAACGCAUUGAACCUGGACUGAAACCCAAGGAUAAGCAGUACAAAUGCAAGGUGUGUUUCACAUGGUUUCUCACUUUAGGUGAACUAGAUUUCCACAAGCUCUCUCACAAUCCAUCACCUCCUCCAACUUGCUAUAUGUGUGUCCAACGCAAAUUUAGCUCCCGUGAACAGCUUCGGGACCAUCUCAGGGAGAAACAUGCCAAGAACAAAGCAGGUGGUUGGAUUUGUGGCAUGUGCUUGAAAGAAAUCUCAGAUGUCUGGAUGUACAAUGAGCACUUGCGAGAGCAUGCCACACAAUUUGCACGAAGAGGACAGUCUCAGAGUUCCCUCCUGGAUAUUUCUGGGUGUUUUAUGCAGCAAAAUGCUGUGAAGAACUUCAUAUCUUCAAUUAUGCUGCAUCGACCCAACAAACCUGCGAAAGGAGACACUGUUAAACCAUCAUCUAAAUUGGAGAGAAAAGCUUCUUUGUUAGUAAAUGGGCAAGAGCCAAAGAUUCCAGAAGAGGUUGAUUCCACAGGUCUGAAGAUUAAAAUGCAUAUUGAGGGAGCAGGUAAACAUUGUGCACUGACAAUGCCUGAUGUUCUACCUAAAGCAGAGACUUCUUUAAAAAAUGCUGAGAUACAUUCUAAUUGCAAAGAUCCUUCAAGGGACUGUCACCACUGUGGCAAGCAGUUUCCAAAGCCCUUCAAGCUUCAGCGGCACUUGGUUGUUCACAGCUUGCAAAAGAUUUUCCUGUGUCACAAAUGUCCAGUGUCCUACCCAGAGGCAAAGGAGCUUAAAGAUCACAUGAUUAAGGAGCAUGAGGAGACAGAUGAGCUAGACUCAAAACACACUACACUGUAUACUUGUGAACUUUGUGCAGAUGUUAUGCAUGUAAUCAAGAAGUCCUUCAUAUGCAGUUCCUGCAACUACACUUUUUCGAAGAAGGAACAGUUUGACCGUCAUAUGGAAAAACACCUUGCUGGAGGGAACAAGACCUUCAAGUUCAGGGGAGUUGUGAGGCCUUGCACGCCUUUUAAUUCUAAUGUCGAUAAAUCUGACAUGCCACCGAGCAAGAAGAGGAAGGCAACCGAGAGCAGCUCAGACAAAGUCAUUGUCUCCACGCCGUCACUCAGCUUAAACAAAAGUACUGACAUGCAAGGCAUGAAGUCAGUGUUUCCCAUCAUAGAGACAACUCCAAAGAAUAGUACUGAUGAGCAUUCUACUGAAACAAACAAUACCAGUGUGAAAAUUGAAGAUGAAGCUGAGGACUUCCCUGAGGUUUUCAGGGAAAUUGCACAGUGUCCAACGCCAACAAACUCUGUUGAACAGAGUCUUCUCACAACAGAGAUGAAGAUAGAGGACGAUAACUGCUCCCCAUCUCAUGAAAUGCAAGAGUGUGAGAACAGGGAGGUCAAUACAAUUGAUAAAGAAGCUCAGACAGAAAUUUGUGAUGUAAAAAUGGAAGAUGAUUGUUGUGCAAUUCCGAAUACAUUGCUUGCUUCAGAGAGUGACAUCAUUGAGAGCAAUACAAAAUGUAGCGGAAAUGACACGGUGGAGACAUAUCCCUCUGUAAACCUUGAAAAUGCAAGUGAACAGGUGGAAAUAAGGGACUCAAGUAGAUACAUACAAGUUUGUAGUCAAAUUAAUUUAAGCCCACCAAAACAAGACAUCCAAGGCCUCUCAUCUUGCAUUGAUUUUGACCUCUCAUCUGAGAAGCAGAUUUCAGUUGAGACAAACCAAUUAAUGCAGGAUCAAACAAUCGAGUAUUCAUUUUCUACCAAGAGAAGUGAGACUAAACAAGAAGCUCACACAGCGCAUAACAGUGAACAGCCAUCUGUUCGUCUGGUUAAGCAUAUAACUGCCCCCAAGUCUGUGGAUAAUGUGAAACAAAGCCUUGAAAAUAUCCCAAGGUGCCUUCGUACAACUGAUGCUGCACUAUUACGUCACACCAAUAUCUCUCACAACUCCACUCCAAGUGAAGACAAGGACUCGACCAAGCAACAAAAGAAGAGGAAAGAACUGAAGUCACCUCUCAUUUUUCAGAGAACACCAUCCCCAACUGCAAGGGAAAAUCUUGGCAUUGACCAAAGGGUCAAAAAGAAGUUCAGACCCAGUAGGUGUGAAAAUAUUGAUGGGCAAAGAAAAAAUGAUGUUCACAAUGACUAUCCAGUGCUUACAUCAGUAAAGGAUGACACAGUCAGCAAUAAAAUAAUCUCCAAAAACAAAAUAGGUUCUUCUAAUCUGGGCCUUCACCUAAAGAAAGGUUCUGUAGAUAGUUUUUCACCAAAAAAGGUGGAGAUUGUACGUCACUUUAAUGGGGAUUGCAAAGGGAAAAAGAAUGUUUCUGGGAGACCCAUUCAUUCUCCUUCUUCCAGGAUGUCUACCCUGAACAAUUCAUUUAAUAAAUCACGGUCCAAACCAGGGGUCAGAUCCAUAGAAACUCAUUCAUAUCGUACGGCAGAGUCACAAAACAACCUCCUCAGCCAGCUGUUUGGCCAAAGACUGACUAGCUUUAAAAUUCCUUUAAGGAAGGACACUUCUGAAUCUAUUAAUUAAGGAUUAGAUGGAUGCUAUAAACGAGGAGGUCAUUAAAUUAUCCACUAGGCAUGUGAUUGAGGCAGUUUAUUCAUGAGACUAGGAUUGUAUGACCCUGCUCUGUGAAAUCAUUUAACUCCAUGUUGAGUCACUUUAUUGCAUUCCUUUUGUAAAUGUGUAUUUACAUAUAUGUGAAGACCAACAAUGAAAUGUAUAAAUAUAGGAUGAUUGUUGGUUACAAAUAAGUUUAUUUUCUCUAUUUUAUAGUUGAGCAUUAUCUCUAAGAGACUGUAUUUCAACAACAACAAUUAAAUAGUUUUUAGGAAAAAUGUUUACUUGAAAAUGAACUGAAAAUAUUUGUUUUCCAAAUAAUGCAUGACACUUUUGCAAUUACAAGUUCUAAGAUGUUUUUCUAGCAACAGGACCAAAGGACAUCCUAAUUCUGGAUCAUGUCAGUGUGCCUAUUUUAUAUGCUUCAGAGCAUUACUCUUUCAUACUCUUUUACUUUACUGUAUUGCUGAGACACUCAUUAGUAUUAGCUUUUGUAUCAACACUAAUUGGUGCUAUAUUAUUUUAUUAUUAUUUGUGUAAUGUGAACGCAAUGUCUUAUAACUGAAGGGAACAUGUAGCAAUUAUAUAAUCAAAUCAUUGCUGGUACUCAACGGUUUCAGAGAAUAUUAAACAAAAUUACUGUGCAAGAUCAGUCCAAAGAAAGGGUUCAUUCUUUCCUAAUUUGAUCUUUUCAGAAGAAAUAGGAAUAGCAUUUUCUUUUCAAAAACUGAAUUUAGUUUGAUUUAAUCAAUAAUAUGAACUCAGGUGCUAAUGAUAAUUAUUGGGCAUGAAACCCUUAGGAAUUCUUCCCAUGCACUGAUGUUUCCAUACACAAACCCCACAAAUGAUCAUCUGUCCCCCAGUUCUUUAAUUAUUCCUAUUUACUAGAGCAAAAAGGUGCUUUUUUUGUGUUUAUAUGUAUCUUAUAUUGUACAAUAUUGUAGGUAGAAUAUUUCCAGUGCAAUGCAUUAUGUCAAAGUUCUAUUUUAUUAAAAGAUGAAGAGAAUAAGGAAAGGGAAAUAAAAAGCCUCAUGAAGGCUCAUGAGUGGAUCACAAAGUGUAUCAUAUAAACUUGGUUAAUAAAACUUUUGC